UGUUGCAUCAUCGUAUAAAAGCAAUUCCUUGGACAUGUAAAUGACCUCGCAACCAUAUCUUUUUCCUUCAUUUUUCCUAUUUUUUCACAUGACCCCAACUCCUCCUCCUGUUCGUCGACGCAUUAUCGCUUGUAUGGAUGGCACUUGGGAAACGCCAUCAGCUAGAACCAACAUUUACAAAUGGUAUGAAAACGUGCUCAUAUCCCGACCAAUUGUCAGCGAAGACGACAGAGGCAAAGAAAUGUGGCUUCAGGUGGCGAGAUAUUUUCCCGGAGUCGGCACCACCACAUUCAAGCAAUUUAGUGGCAUCUUUGGUCUAGGCAUCAGUCAACAGAUCAUUGAUGCCUAUGUUUUUCUCAGCGAAAAUUAUCGAGAUGAAAACGACGAGAUCUGGAUUAUUGGUUACAGCCGAGGAGCCUACGCUGCCCGAAGUUUAGCGGGCAUGAUUUAUAAUGUUGGUUUAUUGCCUUGCAAACAUGCUCCGGAGCAAAUCAGCGUCGCGUAUCGCUUGUACCGUAAUCGAGAUGGCGACUCUGGACCUAAAUCUGCCGCCGCAUUGAAAUUUCGUACUCGAUACAAUUGUAUGGACCCAAAAAUUCGUUUUUUGGGUUGCUUCGAUACGGUGGGCACGCUUGGCGUACCACGAUUGCCGUGGUAUAUGGGUGGAUCGUUAUUCUGGAACUUGUUUCACGGUCUCAACAAUUUUCACGAUACCAAAAUUUCACCCAUUGUCAAAUCCGCUUUCCAUGCGCUUUCCAUCCACGACCAACGAGCGUGGUUUGAACCGACCUUGAUGCGCUUCACUUCCAAGCAAAUGGAUGGACAAGAGCUGGAGCAAGUAUGGUUUCCCGGUAUGCAUUCCGACGUUGGGGGUCAGGAAAUCUCGAGUCUGCUCGCCAAUCAUGCUCUUCGCUGGAUGAUGACCAAGGCCGAGGAACGCGGGUUCAAAUUCAAGUACGCACUUUAUCCAAUCGUUCCAAAUAGUAAUGAAGUUAUCCAUGUGACGUAUUCAUUUAUAGACAGCCCAUUGAUGAAAUAUGUGGCGGAGGGGCCUUUUUAUAUUAUGACAGCUAUGAAAGUUCAUUUAUCUAUCGUUUGAUCCCCAGAAAAGAUCGAGAGAUCGACGUGGCACUAUUUGCACCCUUGGGACAGCAAGCACUAUACAUGGAAGGCGACUUCCGUAAAUAUCUAACCGAAGAUCAGCUGGUGCUUUACAAAUCGCGCACCCUUCACAAAUUUCUACAUUCGUUGAAGAAGAAUGGUGCAACCUCCUCCCACUUGUCAGUCGACAGUCAUACGAUCACCUAGUGCUUCCUUCCCAUCCAAUUUUGACAAUUCUAUGUAUAGUAUAGUGUAUAAUAUUCUUUUCUUUCUAAAAACUAAUAUAGACUAUUCGUAAUAACUUAUUAACAAGCCG